AUGGAUCCCGAGUCAGUCAGCCAACAGAGCCGGGUCGUGGGUAUGCAUCGGGGAGGGCCGCAGAACGCUCCAGAGCGAGCGAUCUCUCGUAAACCUAAACUCGUUAUGGGAAUUAGCGGCGUAACAUGGGCUAAGACAAAGUCUUGCCAGGUAUUAUCUAUCCGUUCCUCCACCAUGUCUGCUACUCCGUGUGAAUUACUCACCUUAAGAUCUAGCCCCCGGAUCCUGCCUUCGACACCACCCGUCACCAAAAGAUUACCCAUGCGCUCUUGGUCGAGCUAGGGGCAAGCGACCUAAUUCCUACCCCGGUUCCCAAAGAUAUCAGAAACACCAGGCAGCUAUUGGAGUAUGAGGAUUUCGAGUCGUUGAAGCGUAUCGAGCGCAACAGACUUGUGCGUUCACCCCCCCUCCUCCUUUACCGGUAUCCGUACUUUACUUCCAAUUCCAGGGAAAACUGACUGAUCCUAUCCUCGAAUUAUAGAUUUACCCAGAGCGGCUCUCUCCGGUUGAGGAGACCCUAUUCAUGACUGCCCGCAAGGUUCCCCCCCCCCCCCUCCCACAUACCAUCUCGCAAGCAUAUGUGAAAACAUACUAACGGUGGAAUACUACAACCCAGAAAGCCAUGAUGCCCUCUUACAUCCGCACCCGGGUAGAGAGCAUGUACCGUUCAAGCGGGGGGAGCUUGAGUUCCAUAGAAAACGACCCCGAGGAAGACUCUGCAGAAGAAAUUGGCGUUGGUAAGGUGCGGUUGUUCCCCCUCGGCGGUGACCGCCCCGGAAAACCGCGACAUAGGUUGGAUUUGUGGAAGCCGAAACCUGCCUGGGAGGAAUAACUGAGUGUCGAAACUUUUCUUACAAGAGUGGAGUGGAGUGGA